AUGUCAGCAUCUCAUUCAGACAUAUCCAAAGCUCUCACUCACUUCUACCCUUUAGCAGGGAGAUUUACUGAAGGCAAUGCCACGAUUGAAUGCAAUGAUGACGGAGCUGAAUUCGUCAAAGCCCGAAUUGCUGAUGGCUCCACAGUAUGCACAUUCAUCAAAUGUUUGGCCACAACAGCCCUUCAGUCCCGCAACAGCGAUCAGCUGGCACCAAGCAAGAAAUUCGUCAAAACACAAAAGUGCAUAACAAGGAGCCAGUUCAGUUGUUCCCAAACCUAUAUGCGUGGAAGCGGUUUCAGCACUCAUUUGGAAAUGUGCAAUGGAAGCAUCGGGAUCAACUUGGGUAUGUCUCUAAGGCCAUCUGUGCUCCGUCACGCUGUAAACUUGCGUAAAAGGGUCACUCCGCUCUUGCCAGAAAACUUGGCUGGGAAUGUUGUGGAUUACUUUACAUCAAGGGCUGAAGAGAGUUUGAUAGAUCUAAAAGACUUGGCUGCUAAAAUCAGGAAAGGGAGUGAACAAGUGAAAGAAAAAUAUGCUACAAAAGUAGGAUUUGAUUCUAAGGAGACAUGUCAAGAGUUAAAAGACUACUACAGAGACCUGAUAGAUAAUGAAGACAUAGACAACCAUAACUACACAAGCUGGUGUAGGUUUACUUUCUAUGAAACUGAUUUUGGAUGGGGAAAGCUGGCAUGGGUGAGUUUCGCUAGUUUUCCGAUUAAGAAUGUAAUUAUUUUGAUGGACAAAAGACAUAGCAAUGGAAUUGAAACAUGGUUGACUAUGAGCAAAGAAUGCAUGGCCUUGUUUGAGAGAAACUCGGAGCUGCUUGCAUAUGCUUCUGCAAAUCCAAGUGUCACCUGGUGA